AUGGAAGAGAAAAGUAUUAUGGUAGCUCUCACAAAAUAUUUGAUUGUAGGCGAGGGAGAUUUCUCCUUCUCACUUUCCUUGGCAAGGGCAUUUGGCUCAGUUGUUUACAUUGUUGCUACCUCUUUGGACACUAGAGAGUCUCUAGUGCUGAUAUAUGGAAGUGCAUCAAGUAACUUGAGUGAACUUGAGAAUCUUGGCUGCACCAUCUUGCACAAUGUGGAUGUUCAUAACAUGAAAGAACAUCAUUUUCUCAAGAACCAAAAAUAUGAUCAAAUCAUCUUUAACUUUCCCCAUGCUGGUUUUGUUUGGCGUGAAAUUGAUGAGAUCCAGAUUCAGUCUCACAGAAGUUUAGUGAGUGGAUUUCUACAAAAUGCUAAAGAAAAAUGGUUUAUAUUGGUGGAGAAAUUCAUAUUUCUCACAAGACAAAAAGCUACAAGAAUACCCUACACAACUUGA